AUGUGGUUAUUAGGAAGUGUAAAUGCACUUUUACCUAGUUCUACUAUACCUAAAUCAAUGCAAACCAAACUUAAACAGGAAGUAUUCAAACGUCAGCACUUAUUUAACAAUGAAUUGUUAUCCCUUCAAAACUCCAACUUGAGCGAGAUUUCUUUCGUGAAUGUAAAGAAGUUAGAUCUCAAAGAUUUGAAUCCUAAGAUAAAUAUCCAAAAACAUACUAAUAAAAGUUUGCCAAUAAACCACUUAAACAAAAAUCUGAUUUACGAUGUAAAAGAAGGUGUAACAAACUUAAGUAUUUCCUCCAUAUUAAAGCUGCAUCCUAGGAAUGUAUUGUCCUGGAAUUUUUCCUAUCCAAUAGGCACGCCACAAAACUCUUCCAAAUUUGAUUUUUCUUUCCUCUCCUACGUCCCUUUCAACUUAUCACAUCAAAAUAAGUCCUCAAAAAAAAAUAUAUAUCACAAUAACGCCUCCCCGAUUGGCAACAACUCAAAAACAUUUUGGAACCGAACCACUUCUUACUAUUCAUCUUACAAGUACGACUAUUCGUUCGAUUCGGAAGCAGGUCUCAAGGCUAACGUUUACAACAACAAAGUAUACGAGAUAACCAUUGCUAAUAAGGUUAGAGUCCUUAAAUUGGAAAGGAAGAUUCAAUUGGUAUCUCCAAGUUUUAAGGUAGUUUUGGUGCACGAAAAUCAAAGCAGUGAACACCUCGAUGAUUUGGCUAAGCAUAUAAAGGGAGGUGAUAAAGGUACUGAUGAGUGUGAUCAUUAUUUCGGAUCUCUUACAGAUGACAAGGAAAGCUACGCUAGUAUAUACGAAUGCAAAGGGACAUUGGAAGGUGUAAUCAAAACUCACGGAGAGUUUUACGAAAUUCAUCCCAUACAAAAUCGUAAAUUAGGAACAUCAUCACCUGUCAAAAGAUUGGUCAUGAAUGAUGCCUUGCACUUAGUGAAAUCCAUUGAUAAAAAUGUUUCCAGACGCAAAAGAUCUUUGAACUCUACUAACUCCACUCAACAACCGGAUCUCUGCCCAUUCAGUAAGAAAAUAGUUACACCGGAAAUAUCUCCUCAAGCUUGGAUCGAUUUCAAUUAUAGAGAUAAGGAGGUCUCACUUGAAUUGGGGAUUUUCUGCAGUCAUGACGUAGUAGAAAAUAUAUACAAAGAAUUAUACAAAACGUUGCGCCAAAAAUUAAACGAUGCUCCCUACAAUAUUCUCCAAAAAUAUUUGAAAGACAUUUUAAGCUUGGUCCAGAUCAUUUAUCAUCACAAUAGCAUCGGAGAUAAAAUCACCGUGAAGUUAUCUUAUCUCGCCAUACUAAAAAAUAAAUGGGAAACUAUACAACAUGAUUCAGUAGACACUAUGUUGAGUGAUUUUAGCCACUAUCAAUAUAGAGACAGUUUGAAAACUAAAGGCCAAUACUGGGAUGUAGCUAUUUUGUUGACACGGAAAUCUCUCACUAUCAAGCAAAAUGGUGCCACAUAUAAUGCUUUAGGUUACGCUAAUCAAUCAGUAUGCUCUAUAGAGAAAGGGGUGUUAAUAUCAAUUAUAGAAGGCUUUAAAACUUCUUAUAUAGUGGCACACGAAAUAGCUCACACAUUAGGAAUUGAACAUGAUGGCCAAAGCAAUUCGAAGGAUUGUGACCCUAAUAAUCAUCUAAUGAGUCCACAUUUUCAAGGGCCUUAUAGCGAUGUCUGGUCUCAGUGUAGUCGAAGAAAUUUUAGAAAGAAUCUGAGACAUUAUUCGUGUCUCUACAAGAACAAAUACGAAAACAUAUCAGAAAUCAUUAAGUUAAAUACCAGGAAAAACGAAUACCCUGGCCAAAUUUACAAAGCAGAUAUGCAAUGCAAAAUAGCUUAUGGUCAAGAUGCCAGACCAUUUCAUGAUCCAAAUAAGAAUAUAUGCGAAGAAUUAAUUUGUAAUAUUGUCGGAACUACUCUGAUCAAAAAAAGCCCUCAUCCAGCUUUAGAGGGGACAUCGUGUGCUUAUAACAAUUGGUGCAUAUCCGGCAAAUGUGUUCCUAAAUCCGUAUCAAAUCAUCAUUAUGAUUAUUAUCCUUUAGACGAUUAUGCCCUCAGCAAAUAUAAGUACGAAACGAUUCCAAAUGGCCAAUGGAGCCAAUGGAUCCCUAUUGAGUCAUGCCAACCGAAUUGUUUAGAAGGCAGCAUAGGAACUCGGAUGGUCAAAAGAUACUGCCAGAGUUCAAAUCACCACCACAUAUUCAGAAAAUGUGACGGAAUAGAUCACACGAUUUCGUAUUGUGAACCCGAACAAGAUCAUGUAUGCAGAAAAUUAAUCACCAACUACGAAUUCGCAGAUCAAAUAUGCAAGCAAAUAUCCCACAAUUUUAACGGAUAUCAAAUCCCUUAUGAUCCACGAUCAAAGAACGAAUUUACUCCUUGUAAUAUACAUUGUCAAAAGGAAUCCAUAAUACAAAUAGUGGAUAGAUUUCCAAACGGAACAUUAUGUUACAACCAUUUCGACAUACUAAAACGACGAUAUUGCAUUAAAGGUAUAUGUAAAUCUUUGACAAGAAAUCCUUAAAAAAUGGAAUUCUGAUGAAAGCAUCGUUUUUCCUCAGAUGUCUCAGGCUAAGAGCUAACACGUUUUUUUUAGAGUACGCACCAAAAAAUAUUAUAUUUGAAGGGGUAUAUUUUUUUCAAAAACUGCUAUAAAAUUAUAGUAAAAAUAAUCAAUUAAGUAUAGAUUUUAUAAAAAAAGAAA